CCAGGCGGAGCAGGCACCAGAUAGUGCUGCCCGGUGUGGUCAGCAUCCCGCAACCGCCAGCGCGCCUUUCGACCAUCGGUUCGCCCGCGCUCAUCUGCUUAAGCUGCCGGGCCUGUAACCCAUGGCGCUGAGGAAGUCUAUUUCGCUGCCGAUCGCACCGCCCAUCAAGCUGCACCGCCGCAAGUCGGUGCAGGAGGAGCAAAUGAGCCGCUCUUUCUCCUUCACCAAGCGCCGCGUGGAGCGGCAGCCGUCGCGCCUCACGCUGACGCAGACCAUGGAGCAGACGCUGCUGGACAGCGUGCACGUCGAGUUCAUCAAGGCCGUGGUGCCCGGCCAGAACAAGCUCUCGAGUCCGCGCUACGUCAUGCGCAUCAGCAACACGGCGCUGGACCAGACGUGGGAGAUGGCACGGACGUUCAAGGAGUUCUACGAGCUCAAGGAGGCGAUCGCCAAGGUGCUGGACUACGGCCACUUCUGUCCGUCCAACUGCCCGUGGCUCUACAUGUACGCCGCGCACCACUUCCCACGCCGCCGCAUCUUCCGAUCGCGCAGCCCUACGGUGAUCUCCGGCCGGCUAUCCGAGCUGCAGACGUACUUCUCGACGCUGCUGCGCAUGGCCAAGCAGAACCGCAACCUCGAGUGCCCCGUGUCGUCCACCAAGCUGCCGCAGCUCAUCUACGACUUCCUGUUCGAGGGCAUGGUCUUCGAUCGCUCCGACUUCACGCGAUUGAGCGAACGCCUGUCGGUUGUCGGCCGCGAUAGCAGCUUCCUGGACAACGACCCGACACAAGAUCCGGACGAGUGCUUCAUUUGUCGCAAGGCUCUUGUCGGCGACGACACCGUGUCGAUCGUGCCGGCCGCACCAAGCAGCAACAGGGGUGCUUCAAGCUUCAAUAGCAAGGUUGACAAGCACGUGAUGGCGGGUCUCACCACACUCGAGUGCAGCCAUUGCUUCCACGACGAGUGCAUCCUCGCCAAGCUCAACGAGUCGCUGCAUUGCCCGCUCUGCGUCGCGCAGACCAGCCCUCCUCAAUCCGCUGCCUAGUAAGGAUAUCAUGUGCAGUAUGUUAACGUCGCUUGGUGCAGCCAGCCACGCGUGCAUGUUCAUAAAAUCAAAUGGGAAAGGUGUAUUCAACCACCAGUGUUAA